AGUGUAAAAAAAUAACAAAGCAAAACAACAACAACCCCAUGUAACGCGUGAUAUCUGUCUGUGUGUGUACCUGCAAGACCCACAAGCGUGUUCGAAGACCAGUCAUACUACGUCUUAAGGCUAUAGUUGUCUCUUGAAAACCUGCCUUUCUGUCGCCUGAAGACAGUAUGAUAGCUAUGAGUUUGUUCAGCAAUUGUCAUUGAGGGAGAGUGGUUUGUUAGCGUGUUAGCUUGUGAGCUUGUUAGCUUGGUGGCUGCCUAACUAACUAAGGAGGAAGGAAGGUCUGGGGAUUCCCCUAGUUCACUACUUUCGAUUUAGACAGCUACCCACAUUCCCAACGCUGUGAUGGCAGAACAAAAUAUUCAAUCCAAGUUAGUAACUCAGUUAAAAAAUGAUCAAAUUCAACUAUGGAACCCCCCUUACACAACUGAAAAUGGGGUCGGACAGGAGCAAAUGCAUGAGCUUGCUGAAAAAUACGCACCUCUGGUCGGUGUUCCUUUGCUAGAUGUGGAAGUAGCUUUGGAAACCAUAAGAUCACAGGCUGUCCACAAGGGAUCUGGAAACAAGUUGUUCAGGGAGAAAUGUGUGGCCACAUUGGAAAUAGUCCUCCCCAGAGAUGAGAGAAAGGAUAAAAAGAAGCAUUACCUGGAAACCAGGCUGGAUGUCCCUGCUCAAGACAUAAUAAACAGAAUAAAAGAAGAUUUUGGUUUGAAGUACUUCAAACUCAUUUUGUCUGGAAGGACCAUAGAUCCCAAGAAGAGGCUGGAUGAGCAGAAAGUGAUGACCAAUAGCAAGAUCAUGGUGCUGAAGGUCAGCAAGCCCGAGGGCAUACAAGCCAUGACUGAGGAGGAGGAGAAGAAGAAAUCGCAGGAUGAGGGCAUGCAGCGCACUCAGAAAGGAUUCCAGAUCCUGUCCGAGAGAGAUGGCAGUGAGGACCCAAUGACUACUCCAUUUUUGGAGAUUGCUGAUCAGAAAGGAAACCCUCUUACAAUUCCUCCUAGUGAGAAAAAGGCUCUGAUCCUGGCCAUGGGCUUCCAUGAGAAGGGCCGAGCACUGAUGAAGCGCAGGCAGCACGAGGCUGCCCUCUGCUACCUGCUGCAGGCCGACACUGAGUUCAGCAAGUGUGGCUCCACACUGCUGAACACAGUGGACAACUAUGCCGUGCUGCAGCUGGACGUGGUGUGGUGCUACCAGGCGUUGGACGCCCUCGACUGCCUGGCGGACAGCAAGUCGCGGCUCCAGCGCGCCGAGGACUGCUUCCUCAAGUGCUACGGUGAGCAGCAGCAGAGACUGCUGCAGAUCAAGGGGAGCUCAGGAGGCGAGGAGGUCCUGUUCCUGAGGCUAUAUCUUCUGCAGACUCUGCUGGCUUAUUAUGAAGGCAAAGACAACCUGGCCCGAGAGAGACUGAACAAGGUGGAAGAUCUGUUUAAGCGGUUACGUCUGGACACAGACAAGUUGGAAAUGCUGAUUGCUAUGGGCUUCACUGACCAGGAGGCUCGUCUGGGCCUGAGGGCUUGCCACGGUGAUGUGAGCAGAGCAGCCGAACACAUCAGUCAGAGGAGAAAGGAUAAGGAGGAGAUGAGACAGAGGGAGCGGAGCAAGCGGAGGCGGAGACAGGAGGGCAUCAACACGUUGGUGGAGCUGGGCUUUGCCAAGCGAGACGCAGCACGGGCCCUGCACCAGGCCAAUGGGGACGUGGACACGGCUUAUGGGAUCCUCCUUGACGCAUCCCAAGCCAUGGAUACGGCCAGCAGCUCUAGCACAAGUCCCUCUGAGCCCGACAAACAGACCAAGCUGGAUCAGCUGGCAUUCCUGGGCUUUGAUCGGCAGGCGGUGGAGGCGGCGCUGCAUCUGACGGACUGGGAGGUGACCCAGGCCACUCAGCUGCUGCUGGACAACCAGGGGACGCUGCCCCCCGAGCUGCUCUCACCCUCCCCACCCUCCACCUCCUCGCCCUCAGAGGAGCCCAGCACAUCCUCAGAGUCAACAGGCACAGCUAGUCUGGACGCAGACCUGGUGAACGAGGUUCUGGAGGACAUUCCUCAGCAUGAGGAAGACUAUCUAGACCUGACACUAGAUGAAGAGAGUGAAAUCAUCGCCAAGAUGAGGUCAUACCUGGAGACAAAGGAAACGUCCUGCUAAAGGGAGGUUCAUCUAUUUUGAAAAGCACUUAUUGGCACAUUUAUGGGCUAAGCAUUGCUGGAGACUGUAAGUCCUGAAAUACGUUUCCUUGAAGGAAUUGAGCUUUGAUGGCCUGAAUGUUAAUGAUUCAGGGCUUUAAGAGUGGGAUUUUAUUUUGUUGAUCAGGAAAAAAAAACAAUGCGAUUUUGAUUAAUUGCCCUAUAUGAAGACACAGUUGUCUUGAAAGUUUACAUUUAAGCCAUGGAACUGGCAAUAAUUAGUUACAGUUCACACUGUAUGUUGUUGUUGUUGCAUCUUUCAAAGAUGAUUAAAAGUUAAAUUAAAUUAAAUUUGAAUUUAAAAGACUUUGCAUUUGGUUGGUAAAUUAAGUUAUGUUGUGUUCGAGACAUUUUUGUUCAUAUGGUUAAGCAAUUGUUGUCAGUUCAUUUAAUUCCUAAUGCCACAGAGUUUGUUUCUGUGGUUCAUGUAGUAAUUGUGUUCAUAUUUCAUGCAAUAAAUCCUUGCUUUAGUUCAUUUUAAA